AUGCAUUGGCCACCUUCUGUUAAAAUGAUUUUUGCAAUUGGUUUAUUUUACGUCCACGGGCACAAGACGGAAUGUCUUUACAACUACGCAUCCACCUAUGUCCCGGGUGUGGGAAUCAUUGACGGAGAAAUCCUGGAGCCGUUGUGGUCCGUGUUAAAUGACACAUCCCGGAGUACACGUUCCGCUACCACUGCCCAUCGAGCAGAGGUUUUGGACGACCACAUGGGGGAUUCCAACUGGAAGAAGACCAUUAAUAUGGCUGCAACAAUUGCUGCAAAGUUCAAACGGGCACGGGAACAGUCCGGAAUCACAGACCGAUUUUAUAGGGGUAUCAUGGAUCAACAAGAUUCCGGGCUCAUCAACACUUGGGAAGAUGAAAUUUCAAAAGCAGAAGCGGACCGAGAACAAGGUGUGGCCGACGCUGUUGGCAAGGUAAUGGCAAGCAAAGUGAAAACGGCUGCUGGACGCCAAGAAAUUGAAUUGCAUCUUUCAAAUAUGGAACUUACAUCUAAUGGUGCUACUGGAAAGGCAGCAUGGAUAUCAUCCGGCUUAAAACUGGAGCAAGCGCAAUUGGAGCUCAGGAACCAUGUCAGAAAGCUCGGAAAGCAUCCUUCCACCGCGCAGAAACUUGACUUGGUCAAUAAACGUCGCUCCAUGCGGACCCGCGUUGAAGCCUUCUGUCGAUCCGCUAUGACCUUCAUGGGCGAAGAUGUCUUGGAGGAUAUUCAAGGGGACAUCGCUCCCAUACUUGACUAUGAAGUCAGUGACAACGACGAUCCUGAUCUUGGAAAUGUCAACAUUACCUGCGCGGAUCCGGAACGACAGCCGCUUCCGUUUCCCUCCGCCGUCAAACAAGAUUUCUUUGACGGCCUUGACGCGGGAACAAACCUCAUUUUAAAAGGGCUUCGCAAACUUGAACUUCAAAUAAGACAUGGCCACGCAGAGGACUGUCUGGAAGCGGUUCGGACCGCCGACUCCGUCUAUAUGGGGACUCGUGCUUGGGAUGGCGUCAAGCUUUUGAAUGCUUCCUGGAAAUUGCACCGGCGACUCUACAACACAAACCGUCAGAAGAUGAUCUAUUUAUCUGCUGGCGUGCGAGAUGAGGAUAAUAUUUGGAAACAAUAUCCCAUUCUGCAAGUCCAUGAUUGCAAGCAUAGUAAUGCCGUGUCGGAUCCGAACAUUCGCGGAGGAAGCUCGGACCGUCUAAGUUGGAUUUGGAGAUCCCGUCAGGGCCUGGACAAUGAUAAUCAAUUAUACGUUAAUGAGUUCUUCAGGCUAAACUGGCUCCGCGCGCGAGCUCAGAGAAAUAGAUGGCAAGAGGAGCUGGCCUUGACAAAAAAGGAAAUGGAAUGGACUGUCAGAUUUUAUGUGUAUAUGGCAAAGACAUGGCGUGCACGGCAUGAUUUUGUUCCUGACAGGUUAGUUGGUCACAGGGCAAAUGCUCAAAAGCAGAUUGCCAUGUGGAAUGAUCUGGGGCGGGCCGCAGAUAAGGUCUUCCGUCAAAUUAACCCGGAGUAUCCAUUAACCAGUUCUUUGAACAUUCUUGUUGUAUCCCAUCUUGUUGAAUUCAUGCACUUACCGCGGCUUUUUAAACCUCCUGUCGAGGACGAACAUCAUCUCCUUACCUAUGAUGAGCGACGUGCUCUGGCCAAAGUUCAUGUCCAUAUUUGUGGUGCACGGAUCCGUGCCGGAUACCGUUUGUUCAUUGCAAACGGAGACUCUGUUUCCUCCGUGCGUUGCCAAAAAUGGAUGUAUUUGCUCGACCUGGAGGUGGCUAUACUGCUGAGAGUACUCGGAUACUGCUAUGUCAAUGGAUUCCAAGUCGAUAUUCCAUUUUUUAUAUCAGAAAUUCUCAAUCAGAGCGUACAUGCCGUUUUGAACCGAACUCCCCACCAUCGAGCUGUUUUAUUUGAAUCUCUAAAUCAAAGCUGGUCAGCAUGGGAAGAUGAUGAAAUUUUAAAUCAGACCAAGAGCUGGGGAUAUUGGUGGAGGGACGGAUUUGCUGAAGGCGAUGAGUGGCAAGUUGCCUUUGUUACCGUUGAAUCGCAAGCAAGAGAAUUUUGGAACAAGGUGGUUCUGCCUGAAUACCAACAAGAGGUACUCCGGCUAAAUAAUCAGAGGAAAGAAGCUAAGGAGGGCGCAAGUUCAUCUACCUCUGGGCCUCCAAGAAAUCAGGAAAACAAUCCCAAGGGCAAGGGAAAGGCGGCUGAACGGACAUCCGUCCCCACCUCGGGGAAGCACGGAUCCGCGUUGACGGGAAAGCACGGCUCCGCGUUUUCACCGCCCACGGGGAAACCCAAUCCGCCGACCCGUGUUGCAAACACGCGGGAUGAAACAUCCCCAAUUGCAAUUUCUGACCACAGACCGCCCUACUGUCCCCGCUGCGGUCAGCCUAUCCUAACGGGCGUAAUGAGGGAGUUGGCUCACCUGCGCCGGAAUGUGGCGGACAAAAUGAAGAAUGCCCAUAAAGCAGUGACUACUUCUUCGGCCGCCUUGGGCAGAUAUUCUGUAUUGGAGAAGAUGUGGAUUGACUCUAAGGAGCACCCGUUCUCUAACGGCAAGGGGCUUUCAGCCAAAUACAAAUUUCAGCAUCCCGUUCACCCUUCUCCUGACAGUUGGGGCGCUAUAACGGCUCAAGCCCGGUCCUUCGAGGUCUCAAAGCUCAAAGUCGCUUCAUUUUACAUCAACAACAUUUUUUAUUCUUUUAUUGCCGUCAAGGAACUACCUUUUCAUCCACUCUGGUAUCAUUCGCCACCCUCCAACACUGCAAAUAUUCAUCUCCCAACAGAUACUCUGCCUACUCCCAGUUCCGUCAGCCCUCCGUCAAAUGCACACACCAGCAAUGCCUUCCUUUUUAACGCAAGGUCAAGACCUGUUUUCCCGGGAGAAGAGGAUGAUAUUGAUAGUACGUCCGAUACCACUGAAUCCUCUACACCAGCUACGUUUUUAGAGCAUCUUGCACAGGACUUUGAAGAGGAGGCGGAUGAGGAGUCUUCCGCCGGUGAUACGACGGAGGAGUCAGAUGCUUCCGGUAACUCGGAAGAGCUUAGCGAGGACGUGUCGGAAACACCCUGGGAUGAGGAAUCUUAG